AUGAAUCAACUCAUUCCCGCUUUCUGGGAAGGCACUAUUCUUGAAACGAUUCAGAUCACCACAAAAGAUGCUCAGCACAUUGAAGGACUUACCUCUGCCGUCAAGGUGUUUGUGAAGGUUAGUAAAAGGUUUUUGGCCACAAUGAAAAUGUUAAAACCUCUAAAAAUAUCAACUCAUGAAGAACGCCUGCUUAUAAUAAAUUCGAAGAACAUUACAUUGUUUGUUACAAUGGAUUUGUGUCGAGCACUGCUAGAGAUGCAUGAGAGUGAAGAAGAAGAACCAGUUAUUACAAGACUUCAAAAAAUGGUUUCAUCGCCAUCUUUAAAUUCGUAA